GAGUCGAGCCGGCUCACAAGACUACCCCACAGGGUCUAGUUCAAAUAAAGCCAAUUUAGUAAAACAAGCGCCUUCUAUUCCAGCUAAAGUGGAGACACAAAACAAUGACUCUUCAAGUUCCAAAGACCCAAUUCUGGACGA